UUGUUCCAGUAUCCAAUGGGAUCAAGCUUAGAAGGGAAAAGGCUUGGAGCCAGGAGAUUACCCAGUGCCGCUUUUCCCGCCGUGAUGGACAACCAGGAUACCUCAGAGAGUCCAUCCGAAAGCCAGGUAGAAGAGGAUGAACAAGCGGACGCUGCCCCUCCCAGCUUCUCUCAGUUCUCCGCCAAGCUUCGAGCCAUGGUGCGCAUCCGCAACAAGUACCAGGCCAUGAAGAAGCGCCGUGCAGAGAUGGCCGCGGGACUGCCCCUGAGUGGCAGCCUGCCGCGUUCCACCAGCCCCAAGAUCUUCACCUUCGAAGGGCUGACAGCCAGCAGCAGCAGCGCCCCAAAAAAGAAGAAGAAAAAGAGAAAGUCACGGGUCCUGUUCCCCAGCCGCAGUCGAAGGGUUGUCCCCACCAAAGAGAGGAGCCGGGCCAAAAACUGCCUGUUCCUACUCAUAUUCAUUGUGUUCCUCCAGGUGUAUAAUGCCAUUGAGAACCUGGAUGAUCAUGUAUUGAAGUAUGACCUGGAGGGGCUGGAGAAGACUCUGAAACGAGAGGUCUUUGGCCAGCAGGAGGCCACUGAGAGGCUGCUUGAACAUUUGAAUGAUUACUUGUCCACCUAUGUCCACAAUAAGCCCCUGGUUCUGUCCCUGAAUGGUCCAAGUGGAGUAGGGAAGAGCCACCUUGGACGCAUACUGGCUCGUCACUUCCGCUCAGUUGUGAAUGACCAACUGGUCAUGCAGUACUUUGUGCUGCACCACUGUCCCCUUGAAGACAAUGCUAUGCACUGUGCCCAGUACCUGGCCUCCCGCGUCUCUGAAAUAGUGACCCUAGCCGAGGAGGGAGAGAUGAUCCCUGUCCUAAUCUUUGACGAAGUAGAGUUCAUGCAUAUGCCCCUGUUGGACAUGCUACACAAGCUGUUCCGCACUAGUCAGACCAACGAGUACUUAAAUGCCAUCUACGUGCUUAUCAGCAACCUUGGGCAGGCAGAGAUUACCAAGUUUGUCCUCCAGAACUCCUCCAGCGAGACUGCUAUGGGGCAGACCAGGCUGGGCAGAGACCUUGGCCCACUACUGCACAGCACUUUGGAGAGGCACCAUCCUCUGUUUGCAGAGGUAGACAUCAUCCCCCUCACCCUGCUACAGAAGAGCCAUGUAAUGGACUGCUUUUUAGAUGAGAUGACAAGGGAGGGCUUCUACCCUGACCACAUGCACAUUGAACGCUUGGCAGGGGAGAUCUCCUACUACUCUAUUGGACAGUGGCAGUUCUCUCAGACUGGCUGCAAGCAUGUGGUUGCCAAAGUCAACCUUCUAUGA